CGAUACAACACCCCUGCCCUUCGAUUAAGUUGUUCGAGGUUUCUGCUCUCCGUAGAUUCUUAUGCCGUCAUGCUCGUCGCCGGCGUAGGAGCACCUUCCGGUCAUGCAUUAAGCAAUUGCCGGGCAUCUGGCAUGCAUGGCUGAGAGCAGUGAUCCAGACCCCCCUGUGCCCGCUGCACCGUGCCUUUCGCCAGGCUCCCGGGAGACAGCUGCGAAGGAUCCCAUCCUGCCCAGCCAGCCGCAGCGCUGCCCUGCUGUCCUGUGCCCCUUGGCAGCCUGGCAUCAUGGCUGCCACUGCGCUGAAGCCCCUCAUCGCCGUGUGCCAGCUCACCUCCACGCCCGACAAGGAGCAGAACUUCGCCAGCUGCUCACAGCUCAUCCAGGAGGCAGCGCAGCGUGGCGCCUGUGUCGUCUUCCUCCCCGAGGCCUUCGACUUCAUCGGCAGCAACACGCAAGAGACCCUGAGCCUGGCCGAGAACCUGGAGGGGGCCCAGAUUCAGCGCUACGCCGGCCUGGCCAGGGAGUGCGGCGUGUGGCUGUCUCUGGGCGGCUUCCACGAGAGAGGCGAGGACUGGGCCAGCACCCGGAGGAUUUAUAACUGCCACCUGCUCCUGGACCCCACAGGGCACAUCGUGGCCACGUACAGGAAGACCCACCUCUGCGACGUGGAGCUGGAAGGGCGAGUGUCUAUGAAGGAGAGCAAGUUCACCAACCCCGGGCCUGAGAUUGUGCCCCCUGUCAGCACCCCUGCUGGGAAGGUCGGCCUCGCCAUCUGCUAUGACCUGCGUUUCCCAGAAAUCUCUCUGGCGCUAACCCAGGAGGGGGCAGAGAUUCUCACCUACCCAUCAGCCUUCACGGUGACCACAGGCUCCGCCCACUGGGAGGUGCUGCUGCGAGCCCGCGCCAUCGAGACCCAGUGCUACGUGGUGGCAGCAGCUCAGACCGGGAAGAACCACGAGCGCCGCACCUCCUACGGCCACGCCAUGGUGGUGGACCCCUGGGGCUCCGUGAUCGCCCAGUGCCAGGAGGGGCCAGGCCUGUGCUACGCGGAGAUCGACCUGGGCUACCUGCGCCGCAUCCGCCAGGAGAUGCCAAUCUGCACCCACCGGCGGGCUGAUCUGUACGGCAGGGUCACUGUGCUGAAGAAACCCCUGCCUCCCUGAGGGGCUGCCCCCCCAGGAAAAUCCGCCACUGCCAAUCAAGCCCUGCAAUGCUCCAUGAUCAGGCAGCAGAGCAGGGAGCAGAGACCCCUCCUGGUAUCACCCC